CUUCAUUCUGAUUGGCUGUGCUCACUCGGCUGCUGAUGUGGUAUUCCGAAGACGGCGAACCUGGUCGGCCGAUUCAAACUGAUUCCGUGGUAGAAUAACUCGAUUUGAAACGAGAAGAAUUAUGCCUUUCUAUCAGACUUGGGAGGAGUUCGCCCGUGCAGCAGAAAAACUGUAUCUGACAGAUCCCAUGAAGGUCAGGGUGGUUCUCAAGUACAGACACUGCGACGGCAAUCUCUGCAUCAAAGUGACCGACAACGCCGUGUGUUUACAGUACAAGACAGACCAGGCCCAGGACGUGAAGAAGAUUGAAAAGCUCCACGGAAAGCUGAUGAGACUCAUGGUGUCCAAGGAGACGCACAGCGGUUCCAUGGAGACGGAUUAAAGAUGCACUGACCUUCCAGCACCUGGACUGAGUUCAGAGGACACAGGGAUUGUUGAGAGCACAGUGCCGUCGGAGUACCACGUGGAGUCGGAGGGAUGGGCAAGAUUGAUUUGGCCACCUACACUCAUUUAAUGCUGUCAGAGAUGUGAUGUAUAUAAAUACUGUAUAUAUUUUAUUCUCUCAGGAUUUGUUUAUCAUAAUACAUUCUUAGUCAUUCAAAAUCUUAUCAUCCUGCUUUUCUUUGUCAGGCAUUUUGAUCACAUCUUUGACGGUAUUAAUAUAAAGUAGGGAGGGCUGCUGGGGAAUUAUUGGAAGUCUGAAGAUGGGAAAUGAGUGGGGUUGUGGGGAACGUGGGACAAAAUGUACAACAAUUAUAAAUCCCCUGAUGCUUUGAUAAGCAGCUUUCAUUUCUUUAUUAGUUUGCCUUUAUUGCCUUUUAUUUAUUUAUAAAGGGGAUGAAAAGGACGGCCUUUGAAGCCACCGCAUGUUUCGUUGAUUUACAUCUUAUCAUUUCUAUUUUGGAUUCUCCUUAUGGACUUGUGACACAUGAAUGAAGCAGGACCAUCUGACUUCCUAACAACAGUGGAUAAACCCACGGUUUCCAAGGAGAAAAACCCCCCCACUGCUCCAAAUGCCAUACCUUAUACGGAGAAUAAUUGCGUUACAUGUUCAAUAAAUGUUUAUUUACCCCAGUA